AUGAGAUCAAAUGACCUCAUGAUACUGCAGGCUUACUUGCUCUACCUUGUAAGAACCACCGUUCACGCCUUCUCUGCCCUCGGCAGGGGACGCAAUAUCGAUCCCCGAUCUCUGUCCUGCUUGAUUGGUAUCGCUGUUCGUAUCGCCACUCAUCUCAGUAUACAUCGAGACGGAUCCCAGACAGGCCUGUCAACUUUCGACACGGAGCAAACUCGGUGA